CCGAAACUGAAAUCAAUCCAUAAUUAUGUAGGUGCUGCUAGUGUGGUGCGGAAAACAGUUGCUGGCUCGUCAAGUUUGUUCCAUGCGGCACCAGAAUGUCGACCCGUUCGCAGCUAACAAAAGAUCUAAACGAGAGUGUGAAAACACUUCUUGGACGACACACCAAAAUUCUGGUGAAGUAUAUGGUCAAAUUAGAAGUUAAGAGCGAUAAAACUGAGAAUCGAGUUUUGGUUUUCACGCCGGUGCGAGUGUAUCUGCUUACAGCCAAAGUACCGACAAGGAUAGACUGCCAUUUUCACUAUCUAGAUAUACAAUCGAUCGAAAGUCGGAAGCCAACCCAUUUUACAAUAACCACCAAUGAUAAAAGCUACUCUUUCUCGACGAUUGGCGAUGCGGGAAGUUUUACAUCGAAUGCCGAUGUUAUUCUGACGGAUUUAUCUUCUGCAAUCAAGCAGAUCUUUCCAACCGUCCCACUGCGGUACAUAAUUCGAAAGAUCGAUGUUAAUCCCAUCGAACGCACGUCGAUAUUCUCCGACGAGCUGCGCCCAUCAGACCCGCGCAAUGUGGGCCCUUGCGGUGGCUUCAGCAUGCAGUACGCCUGCAUGUGCGAUCAGCAUGCGGUGCAGUACCGCGAGGAGGUCGCCUGGGACAUCGAUACGAUCUACCUGUCCCACGAUGCUCGGGUGCUCAAUUUGCGCGACUUCGACCAUCUGGAGCAGAAGGAUCUGAUGGCGAUUGUGGCCGCACUCGAGUAUAAUACCUUCUUCCGGGGGCUGAAGGCGACCCACACGCGGCUGUCGACGGAAACGCUCGAACGAGUGCUACAAGUGCUCCGGCGAUCGCUGUGGCUCGAGGAACUGCAUCUGGAAGCGCUGGGAUUAAAGUCUGACUUUAUACAUAAGCUAGCUGUUGCUGUGAUAUCUAAUUCCGCGCCUGCUUUGCGAUCCAUUGAUUUGAGCCAUAAUUUGAUCGAGGACAAAGGUGCUACUCAUUUGGCUGGUCCAAUAGCAAAAAUGUCCAAAGGCUUCUCCAAGCUGGCUCUCGCACACUGCGGCCUCAGUGCUAAGGGCGUCAAUCAGUUGGCCCAUUCGCUGUCGCUGAAUCAAAACAUUUCCAGCUCCCUCACGUAUCUCGAUCUGAGCGGAAACAUUCUGAAGGACGACGUCAAUAAUCUUUACAAUUUUCUGGCACAACCUAACGUAAUCGAACACUUGGACAUCUCCCGGACGGAUACCACACUGGAAAGUGUUUUUGGAGCGCUUUUGCGUGGCUGCGCGACUCAUCUGCUUCAUUUGAACGUGUCGCACAAUAAUUUCGGCACAAAGAAGGGUAAAGAAAUCCCACCCUCGUUUAAGCAGUUCUUCACCAGCAGCCUCAGCCUUAAGCAUCUUAAUAUUGCCAGCUGCAAGUUGCCUCUGGAAGCGCUCAAGCAUCUUCUGCUCGGGCUGGCGUGCAACGAGUCGACGGCGGGUCUCUAUCUGGACUUAAGCGGAAACUCCCUCGGCUCGCAGGGUGCGCACGUGCUCGAGUCGUGCAUCCACGGAGUGCGGGUGUUAGCUAGCCUGGACAUCAGCGAUAACAACAUGGACUACGAGUUGGCCCACGUGUUGACGGCGAUCGGGAAAAAUCCCUCGAUACGCUCGCUGUACAUGAGCAAAUGUUUUACGGGCAUGAAGCUGAAGCACAUUGGCACGGUGAUGGAUUCGCUGGUGAAUCUGAUCCAGAAGGAUGACUUCCAGCUGCAGGAAUUAGUGCUGGCGGAAAACCGGCUCAAGACGGAUCUGCAUAACUUCAUUAAUGCACUCGGCAGCAACCAGCACCUGCAGAUGCUAGACAUUACGGGCAAUCUGAUGGGCGAUAUCGGAGCGCGGUUGCUUGCCAAAGCGUUGCAAAUCAACAAUAAGCUCAAAACGAUCGCCCUCGAUCGGAACAACGUUACGCUGCAGGGGUACGCGGACAUUGUGUACGCACUCGAGAACAACUUCUCCGUGCGUAACAUGCCGUUCCCGUUGCACGAUAUUGCACCCUGUUUGAAGCAACACCCGGAGCGUACCGAUGGACUGAUGAAGAAGAUGCAGGAACUGCUGUUCCGAAACGGUAAUGGGUUUAAGCGUACGCAUGGACAAGGUUUUCGGCUCCAGCAUGGUUUCCUGCUGUCCUCCACCCAUCAAGUACUCGACAAGCUGGUUGCCGAAACGCAGGAAACGAUGUCCUCACGCCAGAGCUCGCUCGACGGUAGUUUGUCACGGUUGUUGGAGGACGCGGAGAACUGCAAGCAACUGCUACCGAAGCUGCAAGAGUCGGUACGCUGCGAUCCGCAUCCGAUCGAGGUGCGCCUCGGAAAGAUGAAAACCGAACUUCACCAAUCGAUCAGAAGCUAUCUGCAGGAAACUAUGGAAACGAUGCUACGGACUGGCAUCGAACAGUGUCCGAAAACGCUCGGCUCGCAAGUGGUGCUGUCCGAGUUGCGCAAAGGCUGCGAAGAGCGCUUAACAAUUUCGGAGGAGUUUCUUCAAAGCUGUCUCGUGAACAGUGCCGGCGGGGAAGUAAUGAAUCGUAUCAGCGAAGUGGAACAAUCUUUGGCCAGUUUAAUCUCGGAUCGAGCUACGGAUGAGGUACUGGAGGCACUGACUCGCUACCGCAAAGGUUUGGGCAUUGCAGAGGGACCACUGGGCUACAGUGACGAUUUGUUGUCCCUGGACGGUACUAAAAAUAAUUCUAGUCAGAGCACUGAGCCGAUUGCAAGCUUUGAGCUUCGGGGUUUAGACCUUCCGAAACUGGGGCUGGAUUCACCAACGAAAUUGGAAUAUCUAAACCUAGCAACGCCACAACUGCAGCACAAGCGCCGUUCGAUAGCGCGCAAAGUGCGGCCACAGUCGGUGGUAGGGUUGGGUGUGGAAAACCUAAGCCUCGCCAACAUUCCGGAUGUGACCGAAGCCUCGAUCGCAAGCAGCGUAUCCCGCAGCAGUAGCAACAGCAGUGCGAAGAAGCGUGAAUCACCCAAUCCGAAGGAGGACGAGUGUUGCGAUUCGAUCACGGAGCUUCCGAGCCAGUCUCUUACGCUGCAGCACUUGGUUAAGGGCCGCCCGAAACGAGCGAAAACACGCGCUCCCAAGAAACCGGUCAUAGCGGACAACGUUGCUGCCGCCGGUACGGUCGUUAACGAGGGUAUCGAAUCGUUCUUCAGACCAGGAUCGGCCACACCCUCCACCCUGACACCACUUGUGUCCCCCACGUCGGAGGAGUACAGCUCUCUAAGCUUCGUCGACAGUCCCACGCUCAGCCGGGACGAUGGUGGCCGCUUCUCCAACGUGACCUCCGGAGAGACUACCCCGAUCCUCGAGGAACGCAAGCCACUUAAGCUGGACCGUUCGUCGCCGCUUUUAAAGGGUGUUAACUGGACCUCCCGGUCGCGCUCUUCGGACAACCUGGAGAAGGUAUCACCCUCGGUAAACCGCAAGUCACCGCUGGUUAAGGCGGCCACCGAGGUAGUAGAAACGCCACGGAGCGGUGAAGCACGACCGCUAGAGAACAAUGGCACGAUGAUGGUGUCCGGUACCGGCAGCAGCAGCAGCAAAUCUCCCAGCAACGAGUCGGUACGAAGCCACAACGUGGAGUCGUCCCUUGGGCCGCGCAUUGGCAAUGGGACGGGCCAGAAAACGCCCAUCAUUUCGCCCAAACCACGGCCCUGGUCUGUUCUGGGACACGAGUCGAAGGCCGAAUUCAACGAAUCGUCCGUCGAUAGCAUCGACACUGACGGCGAUUUGGUGCUCAUAUCGGGGCAAACGCCCGGUGGAUCGAUCGUCGGUAUUACGCCUGGUGCUAUAAGCGCUUCCGCCGGCAGUGGUGGGGGAGGAAGCAUACUUGGAAUAACACCGGGAGCGGUCAUUGAGAAGAAAUCGGUACGGGACAUGGCAGCCGGAUUGAAUAAGCUUGGAGGAGACACUAGUUGAAGGCCUGCAGAAAUCGUCAAGAAAAACAAUGUACAGAGAGUCCACCGUCUAUAAAGGCGAGGAUGCGGUCGAUGUGUAGUUUGCGAUCCACGUAAGGGGGUAGAUGGGAAGGAUAGGAGAUGUCACCCCCCGUGGCAUGAGAUCAAGCAUCACAAGCUCGUCCGACAGAGGAAUAAGCGCGGUGUACGGGACGUAGCAGUAUUCCGUGGAAUGAUAUUUAAAAUUCAACUGCAGUGAGUGAAGGGAAGCUUCCAUUUCUUUUUUGUUUACGUUUACUUUUAUUGAUAACCGUUUGUUUUUUACUAAGCUACACACAUUAUUUCACAACCGAUUUCCUUUCGAUGGGUGCGUGCGUAACAACAAAAGUAUUAUUUUUACAACCUGACGCGAAACCCCCCGCCGGGUGUUGCUUUUCUUUCAGGGAACCUCGCUCACUAUGCUUGCGAAAGGGACGAUGUUUCGAUGUGACUUUUUUUUUUUAUUUUAGGAUGUAACUUAACCCCUCUAGCUGGUACUGAUCGCCACAACCGCACGGUAGCUCAUUAAAAGACUGUUAUUACUGUCCUCCAAUUUUUGCAACGGAACGGUGCGUUAGAAGAAACUACAUAAUGAUAAAAUGAUCGACUUGUUUGCUUACUCUCUAACCUUAGGAGGUCUCUAAUCUUUUUUUUAACUAGGAAUGUUGAAAGUCUGAACGUAAGGUUAAGGGGAAAAUCAUUCCAUGCGCUUGACAUUGUGGAACAGCACAUAUGUUUGCUGUGAUGGGAAAAAGCAACUGAACAAGUAACAUACCGAGUAACAUUGUAUGACUCUACGUUUCAUAGUUAAAACCAUUUGCUCUCACUGCAAUGCAAUACCUUUCCGUACUACGGCGUAUAGUGGAAAACUGAAGAACUGUGCCAAACAAGAUAUAAAAAGGGAGAAAAUCGAAAUCAGCAGCGAAUUAAACCACCACCCCAACCACACAUUGUGUAACUAUAGAUACAUCGAUAAUCGUACACGCGUUGAAAGUAACGUCAGCGAACGUAGAAUACCGUAGAAUAGUGCGACACGUUAGAUCAAUUACAACUUUUGCAUGAUUCGAUCGGAACCACACACAUUAUCUCGUUAGCGUUUGCGUUCAAUAAUGAUAGACGAAAGAGCACAAAUAGCAUAACCCCACACUAGAGAGAUGGACGGAUUUCAGAAACGAACUUCCGAAUGGAACGAAGUGCUCAGGACUGAUAGAAGGACUCGUGUCUACGACAGCCGCGACGGAAUGCUUGUGCGGAAAGUUAGAGCCUUCAUUCGACAUUCCCAUUUAUACAUCAUACUAUAAACUCUUAACACACAGGAACACACCCCUACCCCCCCAUAGCACGGCCAAACGGUGUGAUAUAUAUAGAUCAAGUGCACCUGGAUGGAAAAGCAGGGGUAACAACGAAAAGAUCAGGGUUUCUCGCGACCCGUUCAGUAGUAAUAAACGUUAUAAUAACACUCGUAUGUAUUCAAACUAGCAUGAUCCGUUGUGGGUGAGAUUGAAUAAACAUGAAACUGCAUAACUGCUGUUAGUUAUCCUUUCCCGAUACGCAAGGCAUUAGUAGUUGGAACAUUAAAGCAAGUACGUAAUAACCGAUUGUAUGAUUAAAUAAAGCAAGUCA